GCUUUAGUCAGCACGACACUGGCCGGAUGCAGCCUGAGCAGGAACACACCCUGCACUGGGUACAGGGGCCCCAGGGAGGGGACACAGGGAAGACGGGGAGUCUGAAGGGUUGAAGGGUGGGAUACAGCUGCAAUCCCUCGGGCUCAGGACAGCUGAGGCUUGGGUUAUCAUCCUCUCCUACCCUUGCCUUCUUUCAGACCUUGUCUUGAAACAACCAUGUGGGACAUGGUGGAACAACCAGAACUGAACUACUCAGGGGACAGUCCUUCAAGGCUACUACCUUGCAUGAAUACUACCCCAGAGAAGAGCUGUGAAGACCGGGGAGCCAAGGCCUCCAGGUGGACAAGGCAAGAGGCUAUGGAAGAGAGUGACCCCCCUAUCUUGGAGGAAGAAGAUAGCCCACAGAGUGUCCUGGCAAGGCCACAGUCUGUGUCUACCACCUCAGAAGCUGGGUCUCUGGGCCAAGUUGCUGCAUUCCCAGGAUCCGAUUCCAUUGACUGGGGGUUAGAAGCCAUAGACUUGGAUUCUACAACCAUGUGUCCAGGGCUCACAUCUAUACCAUCAGGGGCCAUUUCUCUGGAGCCUGAGACUCUAUCAAUAAGGAAGGAAGGGGAGAGUCCAGAGAGAGCAACCCGAAGCCCAUCGCCACAGGUCCUGUUGCCCAAGCUGGGUUGGGAUGGAGAACUACUUCGCCCGGGGGCCCAGAUCUACAUGCACUUCAUGCAGGAGCAUAACUGCUAUGAUGCCAUGGCUACCAGCUCAAAGUUGGUUAUCUUUGAUACAAUGCUGGAGAUCAAGAAGGCCUUCUUUGCUCUUGUGGCUAAUGGGGUGCGGGCAGCCCCAUUGUGGGAUAGCCAGAAGCAGAGCUUUGUGGGCAUGCUGACUAUCACAGACUUUAUCCUGGUACUCCAUCGUUACUACAGAUCACCCUUGGUUCAGAUCUAUGAAAUUGAGGAGCACACAAUCCAAACUUGGAGGGAGAUCUAUCUUCAAGGCUCUUUCAAGCCCCUGGUUUCCAUCUCACCCAAUGAUAGCCUGUUUGAGGCUGUUUAUUCCCUGAUUAAAAACCGGAUCCACCGACUGCCUGUUCUGGAUCCUGCCUCAGGAAACGUCCUUCACAUCCUCACACACAAGCGGCUGCUAAAGUUCCUCCAUAUCUUUGGUGCACUGCUGCCCAAGCCCCAGUUUCUCUCUCGAUCUAUCCAAGACUUGGGCAUUGGCACAUUCCGAGACUUGGCUGUGGUUCUGGACACGGCCCCAAUCCUGUCUGCAUUGGACAUUUUUGUAGACCGCCGUGUGUCUGCGUUGCCUGUGGUCAAUGAAUCCGGACAGGUUGUGGGCCUCUAUUCCCGAUUUGAUGUCAUACAUCUGGCUGCCCAGAAGACAUACAACCACCUGGACAUGAGUGUUGCGGAAGCACUGAGGCAACGGUCCCUCUGUCUGGAGGGCAUCAUUUCCUGCCAGCCUCAUGAAAGCCUGGGUGACGUUAUUGACCGAAUCGCCCGUGAACAGGUUCACCGACUGGUAAUGGUGGAUGAAUCGCAGCAUUUGUUGGGUGUCAUCUCCCUCUCUGACAUCCUCCAAGCCCUAGUGCUUAGCCCUGCUGGCAUUGAUGCUCUCGGUGCCUGAGAAUCCCAGUGUCCUUGUUUCUUAUGCAGCACUCCAGAUCCCAAACCCCCUCAAACCAGAUGGAAAGGAGGAGGGGAACACGCUCCUCUCUCUCUCAAUCCAAUCCUCUCCUAUUCAGGCUUCUUCAUCCCCAGUUCCACUUCCCCAACACAAAGCACUAAUCCCAUAAACCUCUGGGAAAGGCUGAUACCUCACAGGAUGAUGGAGGUCAGGAUGAGCGCUCCCUGACCUGCAGGCACUGGGAUCAUCGGAGGAUAUUCUUACCCUCAUGCAUGCCCCACACCCCCUAUCUCCUUCCUUGCAUCUGCAACUGCUCCAAGAGUGAAGCCAGCUAUAGAGUGUGAGAGCCCAUACCCUGAAGUGCUGGGACUUAGGCAGGGACUAAACACCUUCGGUUCCUGGACUGGCUCUCAAGUCUUCCACUGUCAUCCCCUAAUAUCUUUUCCCAUGACCUUUCCCACCCUCCUCUUGAUUCUUUCCCCUUCCAUUUUGGCACUGUAGGAGCUGGUUAUCAGUAUGGAGCCACAGUUGUAGAAUCUCAGACGUAUAUCCGUAGCUGUCCACCUGACCUGGUUAGACCCAGGGAAAUAUUUAGAAUGCUGAUAAGUGAUCUUAGACUUCUAAUCAUUGACUUAGGGAUUAGAAAAUUUUUACAGACAGCCUCUCUCAUCUAAAAUAUAGAGAGAAUUUUGUCAAAUUUAAAAGAAUAAGAGCCAUCCCCCAAUUGAUAAAUGGGCAAAAAGCUAUUGACAGUCAAUUUUCAGAUGAAGAAACAAAGCCACAUGUAAGUCUAUAAAAAUGCUCUCAAUCGUUACUGAUUAGAGAAAUGCAAUCCAAAAUAAUUCUGAGAUGUAUCUCACAUCCAUCAGAUUGGCUAAAAUGACAAAAGUGCAAAAAGGCAAAUAUUGGAGGGAAUGUGGGAAAAUGGGGAUACUAAGAUGCUGUUGGUGGGGCUGUGAACUGAUUUUGAAGAGCAAUUUGGAAUUACACCCACAGAGUUAAAAAUUGUAUAUUAGAUCCAACAAUAUCAUUGCUGGGUUUGUUUCCCAAGGAGAUCAGGGAAAAGGAAAAUAACUCAUAUGUUCCAAAAUAUUUAUAGUAGUUCUCUUUGUGGUGGCAAAAAAAUUGGAAAUUGAGGGGAUGCUCAUCAAUUGAGGAAUGGCUAAAAAAAUUGUGGUAUAUGAUUGUGAUGAAAUGCUACUGCACCAUAAGAAACAAUGAGCAGAUUUUUUUUAUUUGGAAAGUGAAGCAGCUGGGUGGUUCAGUGGAUUGAAAGACAGGCCUAGAGAUGGGAGGUCCUGGGUUCAAAUCUGCCCUCAGACAAUUUCUAGCUGUGUGACCCUGGGCAAGUCACUUAACCCCCAUUACCUUGUUCUUACUACUCUUCUGCCUUAGAACCAAUACUUAGUAUUGAUUCAAAGGCUGAAGGCAAGGAUUUAAACAAUAAAAUUGGAAAAAACUACAUGGGAAAUGAAUAGUGAAAUAAAUAGAACCAAGAGAACAUUAUACACAGCUACAGAAUUAAUACUGGAGGAACAAAUUAUGAAGGUUACGUUGAGAGAAUGAAUUGAAAGGGAAAACAUGGAAAAACUUAAUCUGUAUGAACAUGUUAGUCUUUUGGUUGAUACCUUCUGUGAUGCAAUGAAGUAGGGAGGGCCUGGGACACUUCUGAAUAAAUUCUAGAAAUAAAUAAAGAGUGUGGGGUAUCCAGAAGGAAACACAGACAAUCAGGAAAGCUUUGAAAGUUUUGUGUGGGAUCUAUUAUGUAGAUGUAAAGAAAAGUAGGCUAACAUGUAAGAGACUUCUGACUUCAUUUAUGUACAAUCUUCUUUUUCUUUGUAUGUGGAAAUGCUUGUUUUAUUUGGUUUUGUAAAACUUGGAAUUAAAAAAUAAAAAUAAAAUGUUGGGAAAAAAA